CGCAGCCGCCGUGCCGAUGCCACGUGGGAGGCGGCGGAGCCGCCGCCGCCGCCGGGCCGGAGCCGCGGCCCCGCUGACGCUGGGGACGGCGCUCGCCGGGCGGCGCGAGGAGGGGAGGUCGCGGAGCCCCCGGGACCGCGCCGGGAUCGCCGAGACCCGAUGGGUGCUCGGCGCGGUAGCGCCCGGCUCGCGGCUCGGCCUCCCGGGCCUAGAGGCGCUGGCGGCGGCGGCCGGGCCUAGGGGCGGCUCCCCGCCCUGGGCGGCGCCAUCGCUGCUGCAGGUGCCGGCGGCGGCCCAGCCGGCCCCGCGGCGGGACGGCAGCGACCUGCCGGCCGGCGCGCCCGCCGCCCUGGCCGUGCUGCGCCUCCAGCCCGGCGCCGAGGGCUCGGCGCGGGCGGCAGCGGCGGCGGCCGGGGCCGCGCCGCGCCUGCGGACCGUCUACGUGAACCCGCGCUGGCUGGAGCGCCAGGCCGCGCUGGGGGCGGCGGCGGCGGCCGCCAGCCCCUGCGCCGAGGCGGCGGCAGCGGCGAGCGGCGCGGCCGGGGCCCCAGCACCGGCCCCGGCUCCGGCUCCGGCUCCGGCCCCGGCCCCGGCCCCGGCCCCGGCUCCGGCACCGGCGGCUCCGGCGGCGGCGGGGCAGGGCGAGGCCGAGGCGGCGGCCACCCCCUACGUGGGGCUGCGGCGGCCGCUGGGCUACAAGCUGGCCAAGGCCACCAAGGAGCGGAUCUGGCGGGGGGAGUUCAUUGACCUCUUUUCCUUGCUCCACACAGAGCUGGCCCCCGAGCACGGCCCGCGCCCGGGGGACACGCUGGACCAGUGGGUCUCGGCCUUCCUGGUGUACGCCAGCGUGCUGUGCGAGAAGCACCCGGCGCGCUGCGGAGCCAUGUUCAAGUACCUGGACACCAUCCGCAAGCUGCACGCCACCUACGGCGGCACCUCCUGGAUGAACUACGAUGAGGACUUCCGGCGGCGGGCGGCCAAGAACCCCUCACUGCCCUGGGGCGACGUGGACUUGGACCUGUGGAUGAAGUGGAUGGCGCCCCUCAAGUCGCUUGUCCCCAGGCGCCCGCGUGCUGACAGCGAGACGCAGGCCUCGCCGGCCCAGCCGCCACCGCCGGGCCAGAGCCCCAAGCAGGAGGAGAAAAGCCAGACUCCAUGAAAACAGAAGACCAGUUGGGAUGGGAGUCAGACUAAGUGGCCUGACUCCGUUGGUGUUUAAGUGGAGCUCUGGUAUUCUAGUGCAUUCUUUUACCUCUGCUUCUGUUGCGUUGCAAGCUGUGCUAGAGAAGACGUAGGAAAUUGAUUUUACCCAAUCAGCAAUUGUAACAAUGGACUACAAACCUGCAGAGCAAGCCAGUUUGCUGGAAAACAGGAAUUCCUGCAGCGCAGCACUUGUCACAGACUAUCCAAAGAGGGCAAAGAUUCAGGAAGGUGAAUAAAUUGAACACUGGUUGAAUGAGGUCAGGAACACUCUCCCGGAGGAGAAUCCUGACCUAAAAUACUACUUUGAAAGUAAAAGCCAAUUUAAUGUGCAGAUUAAACCUUCUCAUUUGACCAAACGUGUGCAAUCCUGGAUCUUUGCAGAUCACAACCGGACACUUCAAAACCUUGUGUAUUAUAUUUGUUAAAAAAAAAAUAAAUCAUAACUUGUCUUGUUACAGCUGUUACUUUUGCCAUUUCAUCGAGAGUAUCUGCAACUUAAAUGUGUAUUUGACUCAAAAAAGUGUCAUACACUCGGGAUAAUAACUCAGGUUGUCAACAGAAUUAUUCUGUGAGGCUCAGUAUCCUCUCCAUUGUUCUGCAUUAACUGUUGCCGUCAUUGCCAAUAGCCCAAUUGUGCAUUAUAAAAUUCUUCAUCAAUUAUAAUGAUUCAUCUAAGUUAUAAUUCUUUAUUUUUAUCCUAGUAGAAUACUUAAAAUCCUGACCAUCAGACUAGACCUUUGUAGUCUGGUGUUCAUGAAAAUGUUUUUCACUGAUUCACAGUCUUCAUUCUGCAUCUCAGUAUUUUGUUUUCUUCUUUUUCCUCACAUACUAAGAGGUAUGGUCAAGGUAAUACUGUGAUCCAGUAAUGCACAUUAUGGUAAGGGUUUGCCUUUAGUUGUUUCAGGAAAAAGCUUCUCCCUUUCUCAAUAUUUUCAAUAAUACGCAUAACAUAAAAUGUUUGUAAAUUGAUAUCAAACUGUUUGUGACUUCACCUAAAUAAAUUUUUAUAUUUAAAUGCUA